CAGACCAUGAAUUGGAUAAUUGCCAGUGCCAAAUCCUGACAUCUUCAAAUAUGUGUUUAUAAUUUUGUUGCAAUGGGCUAUUGUAUUAUAGGCCUACACAUCCUCUCAUAGUAAAAGCCACUGCUGACAGUAAUGCCUCAUGACACUGUAUACACUGGUGUCAUUUAUUUGUGUCCUUCCCCAUAGCAAAUCUCUCAACAACCCCUUCGUCUAAUGCUAAAAGCCUAUUAUCCAAUUUGCGCGUUCUGAGAAAUGGGUCGGCCUUCAUGAUUGGUGUAUUGCAAUUUCCCCAAUUGCAGGACAGCACGUGGAAUGUACACUUGUACUUCCCCUUAUUUAGGACACGUGUGAAAUAGCAGCCAUUUCUUACUAGAAAUAGUGACAAAGGGAAAAAUACACAAAAAUGCAAGCAUUGGUAAACGCAUUUAUCCGUUGUCUCUAUUUUCUCCUCCCUCCCUCUUGGCUUCAGCUUGGGUUUUGCUGGUGGGUUGGGGAUGAGUGCGGAAAGAUGACAUGGCCCAAUCCCAGAGCUCGUUUCAAAAGCAGAAAGCCUCUUACAAAUCAGGAAGUAACAACACAAGACGGCUCCAUCCCCUCGGUCUCCCCAGCUUCUAGUUGCGUCUCGCUAGCUGCUAGCUCCACGCCACCCCAGGGUUCUUCGUGGGGUAGAAUUUGGGGGCUCUGGCCAGCUGUGGAGCGCAUCUUUGGGGCUUCCUUGGCCAUCCACCGGCGUGGGUGUCAAAAGCGUCGAGGUGUAUGUGCCCCAUAUCCUGCCGACUUCAAUUGUUGUAGUACAAGGAAUAAAGGCUUUCAGAAAAGCACUACCACUGGUGUAGCCGAGGAGGAAGUGAACGAACCGGGAGAAAACACAUUUAUUUCGGGUAAAAUGACGAGUGCCACCAUGGAGUUUCAGAAACAUAUCGAAUCUGUAUCAGGUUCGUCGGCGGGACGGGAAAUCGAUGAGGUGAUAAUUGUGGAUCAACACCUGCAAGAGAUGGGGACUCAAGUGACGAUAACAGUGGCUAUUCAGGAGGCAGACGACGAGGAACCAGAGGAGGAGGUGUCCUCAAACAAUCUCGAUUUCCUCGGAGGCAGCUGUAGUGAAGACGAAUUUGGAAGACAUGAUAAAUCCAGUGGUGCUGGCACGAGUGGUGGGGAGCUGGAGGAGGAGAGCUGGCAGCCCCCAGACCCAGAGCUGACCCAGAAGCUGGUGGCCCAGAUCGAGUACUACCUGUCGGAUGAGAACCUGGAGCACGAUGCCUUCCUGCUCAAACACGUCCGACGCAACAAGCUGGGCUUCGUCAGUGUCAAACUGCUCACCUCCUUUAAGAAGGUGAAGCACUUGACGCGAGACUGGAGAACAACUGCAUAUGCUCUGCGCCACUCGACAAUACUUGAGCUAAACGAUGAGGGGCGCAAAGUGCGUCGCAGAUCAACAGUGCCCGUGUUUGCCAGCGAGUCUCUGCCGAGCCGCAUGCUACUCCUCAGCGAGCUGCAGAGCUGGCCAGAGCUGGGCGUGGCGAUGGAGUGUGGGGCUGGCGAUGGGAGCGAGGGCGGAGCUACCCAACAGGAACAACUGAUGAAGCUGCUGCUGAAAGCGUUUGGAACAUAUGGCGCCAUCGCCUCUGUGAGGGUGCUGAAGCCUGGCAAGGACCUGCCAGCCGAUCUGAAGAAGCUGAGUGGCCGCUACACACAGCUGGGCACUGAGGAGUGUGCCAUAGUGGAGUAUGAGGAGGUGGAGGCUGCGGUCAAAGCCAAUGAGGCUGUGGGCAGCGAGGAGGGGACCGGGUCUCUGGGGUUGAAAGUGGUUCUGAUCGGCACCAAGCCUCCCAAGAAGAAGGUGCCCAAAGGUCAGCGUCAGCGCGAGGAGGGAGUAGGAGGGAUGAGGAAGAGCCACUCACUCAACAGCCGGGUACGGGAGCUUCAGUAUCACGAAGACUCUGCCUGUAGCUCCUCAGAGACUGAGAGCAACCCCACCUCCCCCAGACUGGCCCGCAAAUCCCGCUCUGUCAAUAAGCUAAGUCCCACUGGAGGGGGUGCCACCUUCCAGAACAAUCACCUGAGCCCAGCUGUGUCCCCACGCACCAGCCCCUGGUCCAGUCCCCGGGCCAGCCCUUGCUCCCAACGCAAGUCUCCCCACUCCCAUAAGUCUCCUUUGGCCAGUGAGGGCAGACUGAGCCCUGAGGCUGGGCGACGUUGGGCGGACUACUCCUCAGACAGCAGCCUGACGCCGUCCGGUAGCCCCUGGGUCCAGAGGCGCAGGCAGGUGGCCUCCCAGGAGAGCAGCCCAGUAGGGAGCCCCAUGCUGGGUCGAAAGAUCCAGGGCGCAGACGGGCUUCCGCCGGGCGUGAUGAGGCUACCGCGUGGGCCUGAUGGAACACGUGGUUUUCACUGUGGUGUGUCCAUUGGUGUUGCUGAGAGGGGAGAGAAGACUGCUUCUACCCAAACUUGACACUUGUACCCCCUAUGCCCCCAGUUCUAAAGCGGUACACUGAGUACAGCGAUGAGAUUUGACCCAGUCCUUUGGCCACUACAUUGACAUUCUUCAUCCCCCGCCCCACAUUUCAAUGAUCGUAGAUUUGUUCUGUGUUGUAGUAGUUUGGAGUUUUGACAGUCUUUGUUAUACUUUUAUACAAUAUUUGGUUUAAAAACAUGGUGACGCCUAAUUUAUGAAUAUUUAAGCUACAUUUUGAGUUUUGAAGAAAUUCAAAGUUGAGUGCUGUAUUUCAGACACCAGAGUAAUGGUAUUUGUCACCUCCAUUGCGAUCUGAGGUGUUGUGCAUGGGGCAGGGUGGAGAUUUUUUUUAUUGGAAAGUGUCCUCAGUCUUGAAGUAUGUGUGUGAAAUCUCAUAACAUUUUGUCUGUGGAUUGUGUAAAUGAUGUGAACAGUGGUAUGGGCCAAUGGAGUUGAUAUCGCCAUAUGCCUUUUGUUAUAUUUGUCUAUUGUGAGUAUCAAUGUUAUUUGCUCCUUAAACUGUGGCCAUAUUUUCCAGCCAUAAGGUUGAACAGUUAUCACAUGGACUACUUUUUUAUUUUGCCUUUUAAUUUAAUUAUUUUUCCUGUAUGCCAAACUUAAGCUUCCAAAGUAGGGGUUACACUCCUAGCUCUGCAAAAAUGAAAAAUACUGGAUGGGGGGCCCCCUCCUUGGCUGGAAUCUGUUUAUCGGUGUGUAGCCUCUACCGAGUCCCCAACAACCGGAUGUUCCAGCUUUCAGGGGAAAUGGAAAGAAUGCCUGUGACACGACUUCUGCUUUUGGACGUUAACAAGACGACACUCCAUCUUAAAUCCUCCACAUUUACUGGGUCGGUUGAACAGUGCAGAAGAGAACCUCCCCUGACACUUGUUUAUUUUUCUCGUCAAGACCAGUAUGUAGGGGAUCUGGUUUCAGGCGUUGCUUUUACGCCUGCUAUGUUGGGUUAAUCAGUGUGUAGUGGGGUAUAUGAGGUUUGAGUGUGCAAAAUGUAGAUGCGCUUGAACUCUUGCUUUGACAUCUGAGCUGGGGUAACGUACAGGGCACUUUCUUUAUUGUACAAAAUAAAUCACUAAAAUUGCA